AUGACGGAGCACGAGGGAGAAGCUUUCUAUAAAAAGCAGUUGGAAAUUGCCGCAAGAGAGCGAAAGCUUCUCCAGGAGCGUCUAGAGGCACUGGAGAAGGAGAACCGAGACCUGCGACGCUCGGUGUUCGAACUCAGCCUUCGACGAUCUGCUAGCGAGACUGGGGUUUUCGAUCUAACUUCUGCCCUCAACGAUAUUAGCCCCAAUCCUUCGAAGGGCGUUCAUGUGCCGGAAGCGUCACGGUUUGUCGCGGACUUCCAAGUGCUGAGCGAGCGAACAGAGGCCGGUCUCGGAGCAGCGGAGUCUAUACCAGGCUCUAGAGCGGCUUCGCCAGCGGCAUCGCUGCCGGUCGUAGUGAGACGGAGUGGAGAACGGCAAAGCUCAAGUUCACUGAGCUGUCGUUCCCAGCUUAUCGGACACAAAGGAGCCGUAUAUGCGCUAUCCUGGUCGUCUUGUGGGUCGUACCUUGCCUCUGGUUCCUUUGAUCGCUCCGUACGCGUCUGGAGCGUGGACCAGUCGCCGCGCUGUGCUGUGGCCGUUGCAGACGCGCAUGCAGCGAACGUCGUUGACCUCUGCUGGACGCAGGAUAAUCGCUACCUGUAUUCAGCUGGUUUUGAUCAUUGUAUUCGUGUCUGGGACUGGUCCGCAUUCGCUACCGAAGGGAACGGGAGCGAUGCCAGACGACAGGCCGUCCAGAGCUGGAGCCUUCCUCGCGGCCUGGUACUCUGUUUGGCCAUCGACCCUGACGAUGCCCAUUGUAUCUAUGCGGGUACUUCGAACGGUUUCGUUUAUCGACUAGAUCGAAGAGUGCAACAAAUGAGCCAAGUGACCGGCUCGCGCCCGAGCUCGCCUGCUGCGGGUGUAUCUGCCCGGCCCGAGCAAACCAUGAGCCGCGUCCUGACCUCUGCAUCUGGCAUAGGGAUGGUGAAUUCGAUGGUGUUCUUGGAGCAUGAUAUUCUGAUGAUCGGGGACUCGCAAGGGCUUUUGCAUACCUUUGAUUUACGAAGGCCGGAGACGGCCCUCUCGUGUCAGUUGAACGAUGAAGCGGCAAGCCCUGUCGCGCAUAUCCAACGAUCACCAUCCGGUAGAUACGUGGCAGUGAAUGCCUUCGACGAUUGCCUGCGAAUGUACGAAGUGAAAGCGCUGCGUACGCACCAGGAGAACACCAACACCAACGACGUGCAACUCGUGCUCUACCAGACGCAUCGAGGUCAUCGUCUUGGGCGAUUGCCGUUGCGGUGCAGCCUCUAUGAGCGCGGCUUCGCGUCAGAUCGGGGUGCAUCUAUCGUUGACGCUGCAGCAUUGGCGGCACCUGCGAGCACCAAAGCAUCCAGCGGCAUGCCUGCGCUCUACGCAGCGGACGCUGAUGUCAGCGGCGCCGCUACCGCAGUGGUUCACGAGUCGCGGACGUUACUGGCCGCUGCCAGUGAUGUUCCAAUAGAUGGUAGCGGGCAACCGCCUGCAUCCCAGCAGCGGAGUCAACAGCUUGACGGGGUUUUGAACGCCAGCAGCGUAGCCUCUGGCCUCGUUGCGGCAACAGGGAGUACGAACGGUCGCAUCUUUUUGUACGAUUCGCAAUCAAGCGCCCAAGAGGCAGUGAAAACGAUCGAUGCGCAUAGUGAUCGUGUCUACUGCGUUGCAUUCCAUCCGCAUUCGAUGAUGCUUGCUUCCUGUUCCGCGGACGGCAGUAUCAAGCUCUGGGAUUGA